AUGGUAGUGGUGGUAGUAAUACCUAAAAAAGGGGUAGUGGUAGUAUUUGACGAAGAAGGAGCUAUAGUUGAUUUGAAGACGAAGAGCCGGAGUGCCCUGCUUCGAUACCCAUCCAUUGGGGAGGACUAUACGACAAACUCUAACACCAACACUAACUCGACGCCAUCUACACCAACUCAGCAAAAUCAACCACUCCACUCCUGGGAUAUGGAAGGAGUGGUGAAAUGUUCCUCAUCACCCGCUCUCUCUGACUCGUCCUGCAGUAGAUAUUCAGAUGCUUUAGCUGGAGAACACCUGACCAAAAGGCUGUGCACUCAGGCGGCCCACAAGAGCAAAGGAAUGGAGUCGAAUAUUACGUUGUGGCAGUUUCUGUUGGAAUUGCUACUUAGUCACCAACAUCGCAACAUAAUACAAUGGACGAACAACGAAGGCGAAUUUAAACUGAUCAACGCCGAAGAAGUAGCAAAGUUGUGGGGUCUGCGCAAGAACAAGACAAAUAUGAACUAUGAUAAACUUAGUCGUGCACUUCGUUAUUACUACGAUAAAAACAUCAUCAAAAAAGUGAUGGGCCAAAAAUUUGUUUACAAAUUCGUUUCAUUCCCCGAAAUUGAGAAGAUUGAAAACAAAAUCCCAUUCAAAGUGAAAAUGGAAAGCUUAGCUAUGGAAUACGGACAGCGUGUUUACCCGCACUUUGUAACGCCAAGCACUGUCGAGGCGAGAAGCAGUACUGGGGUCUGGCACCACCCAAGCAGUAAUGCUGCUCUCUCAGCCGUCGCCGCCGGUAGAAGUGAUUCUGAUGUGAAACGAGAAAUAAGCGACUCCGAAGUCAAGAUAGAGCGUGAAUUCGAAUGGGAAAUAACGCAAAGCAGUAAGAAUCACUCCUCGUCAUCUUUGUCGCCAUCAUCAUCAUCUUCUACCUCGAUCACCACUACUUCUUCCUCCUCCACUAUUGCCUCUUCUUCCUCUUCCCUUUCCCCGUUGUCAGCCUCCAAAGAACGCAGCUCUGAACUGACGUCACCGGGCAGUGUCCCGAGCUCUUCCGUUGAUCAUCGGGAACAUCGAACGAAGAGUCGCAGCCCGUCCUCGUCAUCUUCGUCGAUUGUGUCACCGGCAAGGCCGAAGCCAAUCCCAUUAAAUUUGCACGUGGAGCAGGCGCCCUCUUCAGCUUUGUCCCCAGUUACUUCGAUCCCCAUUCACAGUCCCACCCUUAAAGUGUCGUCGUCAUCUUUCUCCACCCUUCAUACUCCCAUACUUCUCGCUUCUCCAGUGGUCAGCCAGCGAACGCCUUUCCUUCAUUUCUGGAGUUCUCUAAGUCCAAUCGCCACCCUCAGCCCUCGUUACAACUCCGCAAGCGCCUUCCAGUUUCCUAGUUACCCCGGCGGACACUUAGCUAUGCCAGUGACUCUUUCUAAUUAUAACAGUAUGGAAGGCCUUGCUUCUCCAGUUCUAGUGUCAUCGCCAACAAGAACUAUACCGGUCUUAUGA